ACUCGUUCUUGAAUGUCAAGGUUAUUUGAAAUGUGAUGAAAGCUGCUUACUUUUUUCUCUUAUAAGUUUAUUCUAAUAUGGUUUGUGAAAGUAAACUUGUACUCAAGUAGGAUAAUCAGCAUCCUGAAAAUAUGUCCUAUGAAUGUACGGAAAAGGUAGAUAAGGGUUCAUUGGAAAACGGUGACCAAUCUGAGGAGUCAGAUCUGACUCACAAUCUAUCGAAUUCCACCUAUGAACCACUAUUUGAGGAACCAAAAAUUGCCGCUGAGGCUGAAGGCCAUUUAGAAACGUCAGCAACUCCAAAUACUCCCUUUAAUUCCGGUGACUUUAUUCCUCCAGGCGAAGGCUGUAAACUAAGACGUAGAUCACCAUCUGAGUGCGAUGAAAAAAACAAGGAAGAAAUUUUAUCAGAAAUUUUAGAUACUGAAUACGAAGAUGAAGAAUUAGAGAACACUAGUGAGGAGCCAUUGGAAGCACCAUCCUUAUUAAAUUAUAUUUAUAUGGAAUUGACAAGAGGUUAUAAGUUAGAUAAUGAGGACGGUAAAAAAUUAUCUGAAAAAAGUAAAAAGGUCUACACGUUUAUAAAGAUACCUUUGGAAUUGGAAAAAUUCAUUUGUUUUGGUUUUCUACAAUGUGUUGACGCUUUCCUGUAUACUUUCACAUUCCUACCCUUAAGAUUUAUUUUAGCGUUCUUUGAGAUAUUUCGAAAGUGCUUUGUUAGAUCUGGAAAUAGGACAAGAUGGAUGGAAUCCGCGGAAAUUCGUGACUUAUUAAAAGGAUUGGUUCUAAUAUUGGCUUGUAUUGCCAUAUACUAUAUAGAUAUUUCAAUGAUGUAUCACUUGAUACGAGGCCAGGCCAUUAUUAAAUUGUACAUUUUCUUCAAUAUGUUAGAAGUUGCCGAUAAACUAUUCUCGUCUUUUGGACAAGAUAUAUUAGAUUCUUUAAUGUGGACUGGAUCUGAGCAAAGAGGCAGAAAACGGGAACAUCUAGGUCUCAUUCCGCACGCUAUACUAGCUGUUGUUUACGUUGUUGGUCAUGCAACUCUUGUUCUCUUUCAAGCUACAACUUUGAAUGUGGCUUUUAAUUCUCACAAUAAAGCGUUAUUAACAAUAAUGAUGUCAAACAACUUUGUAGAACUGAAAGGAUCGGUUUUCAAAAAGUUUGAAAAGAACAACCUCUUCCAAAUGGCUUGCUCCGAUGUAAGAGAAAGAUUUCAUUUUUUGGUCCUCCUUUCAAUUGUUAGCGUGAGAAAUUUAACUGAAUUUUCAUGGAACUUUGAACACUUAUUAGACCUGAUCCCUGAUAUUCUCAUGGUUCUUGUCUCAGAAAUUAUUGUUGAUGGAGUUAAGCACGCUUUUAUUACAAAAUUCAAUGAGAUCCCUGCAGAUGUCUACACAGAAUAUACGACUAGUUUAGCUUACGAUAUGAAAAACUCACGUCAAAAGCAGGCUUUCAGCGAUUAUUUAGACGUUGUUAGUCGGAGAAUGGGAUUUAUUCCUUUACCUUUGGCUGUCAUUUCAAUAAAGAUAACCUUCUCCUCCAUGACAUUUUCAAGUUAUAAACACUUUUUGUUACUGGGAAUGUUCCUCCUAUGCCUCUUCAGUCUAAAAGUAUUAAAUAGUAUUUGCCUCCUUGGAUUUGCAUGUAAUGUAAUUAAAGGACAUAGAGUUCGAACAAUCAGUGAGCAAUUACUGCCUCCAAGAUCACCCACAAAUUUGUCUUUCAAACUCAAAAGAAGUAAAUCUAUCGGAGAAGGUUUAUCAAGAAAGCAUAAAGACGGAAUAAGUACAAUUGGUAAGGGUAAAGCUAUGUUUAUUGACGAUAAUCCACUAAAUUUAAGUGGAGGUAUUAGAGAUGAAACGAUUUUGGCAGACAAUGAUAAGAAUGUGGAAUCCUUGUCUGGCAUUGAUCGCUUUUCCAUGGUUACUGGGAGAAUUGUAUAA